UAGCGUUAUAUAGAUUUUAAGGUUAUAUACAUAUUUUGCUAUUAAAAUUAUCAAGACCAUUAUGUUUCGUGUUAUAUUGUUAUCAACAUAUAAAAAUACAAAAACAAAGAUACAAUAAGUAGCACUUAAUACUUAAGAGUGUUAUUAAUCACCUCUGGUUUUAUAAUAGCUUAUACGAAUAAUAAAUCCAGAAUAUAAUUUUUACAAAAAUUUGAAAAAAUCGACUCCUCAUUUAAAUCUUCAUAUUUAAGAUGAGGUCCUGUUCGUCAGAAUCAGUCAAGUAUUAUGCUUAAAUUAAUUGUUGGCAUAAACACUAUUUUAGACAUUUUUUGUGAAAAACUACUUUCUACAGCGCUUCUUGAAAUCUACCAAUUAUAGUAUAGUGUGCAACAUUAGAGCGGCGUGCAUAGUUACAUGUAGAAAGCUCAUAAUACGAUAUAUAUAUAUAUAUAUACACACACUGGCAACUUUAAUUAUAUAUUAUAUGUUUAUCAAAUUUCAAAAAAAGACUACGAGAACGGAAGUACAAUUUUUAAUGAGGAUUUUAUCUUUCUAUCAUACAUUACAAUAUGAUAGAAUUAAAUAAUGAUGAAUUCAAAUAUAUAAAUACAUACGUACAUACAUACAUAUAUGUAAAAAUUUUACAUUGAUUAUACAUGAAGUCUUUCCUAUAAGAUUUGUUUGUCAAAACAAAAGCCAAUUGUAGGUCGUUUCUUAAACGUGGACCAAAAAUAUUGUGAAUAUAUCAAUAAUAAUUAUGGCUUCAACUUCUAAAAAAAAUGGUAGUUCCCGGCGAAAAGGUGCCUCUAAAAUUGAAUUAACAGAAGAUCAAAAAGCUGACAUAAAAGAAGCCUUUGAUCUAUUUGAUCCAGAUGGAACAGGCAAAAUAGCAACUAAAGAACUUAAGAUAGCAAUGAGAGCUCUUGGUUUUGAACCAAAGAAGGAAGAGUUAAAAAAGCUUGUAGCAGAUUUUGAUCCAGAUUGUCUUGGGAAAUUAUCAUUUGAGGAAUUUUUAAAUAUAAUGUCUGUAAAAAUGUUAGAAAAAGAUCCAAAAGAAGAAAUUUUGAGAGCAUUUCGUCUUUUUGAUGAUGAUGAAACUGGGAAAAUAUCUUUUAAAAAUUUAAAACGUGUAGCUAGAGAGUUAGGCGAAAAUCUAACGGAUGAAGAAUUACAAGAAAUGAUUGAUGAGGCUGAUAAAGAUGGUGAUGGAGAAAUUUCUCAAGAAGAAUUUAUGCGAAUUAUGCGAAAAACCUGCUUAUACAAAUAAACGUAAUCAUUUA